CAACGAUUGUUUGGGAAAAGAACAGUUUAGUUUUUCGUGAUGUCGGGAAAGGGCGCCGAUCGGUGAACGUGGAAACAAAAUUCUUCAACAUCACGAAGUGUGACAAAAGAUCGGAACUUGCAGAGAGAGCCAAUAAUGGAGGUCGUCCUGCCGGAGAUUCAUUUGUCGUGCUUGUUGUGCGACCAGACUUUCGAUUCCGUGGACAAGUUAAACGACCACCUGUCCACACAUUUUCCCCAGCAGGUGGCCAGGAACCAGAACUGCGAUCUCUGCGGACGCGGAAUGCGAUCCUCCCUGGAGUUGCACGAGCACUACCAAAGAUUUCAUGAGGCCCACGUGCCUAGCACGGACGGCCACUUCUCCUGCCAGCUCUGCGAUAAGAUGUUUCUCCUCCAGGAACACCUUAAAGUCCAUGUGAAGUUGGACCACUCGACCGACCGCUUUCGAUCAGAGAAGUCGUCGGAGUGGGAGAAUCCUAAGCCCAUCAGCAUUGAUUUAACCGCCGACGAUGAGCUAGAUCCCAUCCUACUCCCACCACCUAAAAGAAAGUAUCCGCCGCGUUCCCCCUUCUUUAACCCAAAUCUUUGGCUGGACCAAUCUUUCAUGUGAAGAAACUCUGUAAAUACACGGUAUCAAUAUAUACCUUCGAAACCAUG